AUGGAUAAUGAAAAAGUAACUCUGUAUGAAAUUGAAAUCAAUGAUGGUGACAAAGUUUGGAGAAUUGAGAAAAGAUUUAAUUAAUUUAAGCAAUUGAAUUAAAGAUUAAGUGAAUAUUUUGGAAACACCAUUCCAUUGUUACCUAAAUAGACCUACACAACUUUUAUUGUUAAAAAAACAGAGUAGGAAAUUAUUGAAAGGAAAAAGGGAUUGGAAGAAUACCUUAAGUAAAUUAUAUAAAAUGAACAAAUUUUAAACUCGAUACUUUUUAAGGAAUUCAUCCAAUCUCCCUCUUUCAAUACUUCAAAACUAUAAUUAGAUAGUGUAAGAACGUUUGAUUUGGGUCUUAGAGAUUUUUAUUUCUAUGAAGACGCAAUAUUCGUAUUACUUUGCGAAAUGAACCCAUUAAAUAGAGCAACCACAAAUUUUCAUAAUAUGAAAUUUCCUUGGCAAGAGGAUAUCGAUAUCUCUAAUCUCAAACCAUUAGGAUACUUGGAUUGUUUAAUCGGACCAUAAAUGAUAUGGAGAAAGAAAUAUAAUUCAUAACCAAUUUGCAUGAGUGUUAUCAAAGACAAUAUUUUAGUAGGUUUAGAUAAUGGAAUUAUUAAUCAUCUCUAAUUCAAAUCAAAGAAGCAUUUACUAGAAUCUCAGGAUUACUAAUAGCAUACUGCUAGGAUCAUGGGGUUGCAUAUUUAUGGAGAGAACAUCUAUUCAGUAAGUAAGGAUUAGAGAUAUCGUGUGAUGAACAUCAAAAAGGGUGAAACUUAUAUAGAUCUUUAUCAUAAGCAUGAAUUAACUUGUUUGAAAUUCGAUGAAUCCAGAGAUUAUGCAUUUAUAGGAGAUAGAGGAGGAAUAAUCUAUGCUUAUCAUUAGGCUACAUUAAAAAUCAGUCUCGAUACAAAUUUAUAGUUUAUCAGGGAUCUUAUCAUUCAAAAAUCCCAUGACACCAUCAUAGCUAUUGGAUUUCAAACAGGCUAAGCCAUCAUACUAAACAUUUUCAAUAAAGAAGUUUAAAUGCAAGAGGCUAUAUAGUUCAAAAAUAAAAUUAAAAGCAGAUGCAUAGCUUGGUCUCUUUUAAGAGGAGAAGCAUAUAUUGGAAAUCAGGAAGGGUUUGUUACUGUGUGGGAUAUUCAAAAAAAAAUACCAAUUUAUGAAAUCUAACUUCACAAUGGCCCUAUCACAAAGAUAUAUUGGAAUGAUGAAGAAGAAAUGUUAUACACAGCUAGUAAAGAUAAAACCUUAAAAGUUGUUACAAUCACAUUUUUCAAUAAAAAUAAGAGAGAUAGUUAAAUCUAUUAAAAUGGAUAAUCCGGUAUUCUCUAGAACUUCAAUUUAUGA